CAUGACUUGGACCACGGCCCCGAAUUACAUCAUAUCUUUCUGUACAAAUCUGCACCAAAUUAGUGAGAGUUUUACUUUUAAACCGUGCGGUCACGUUCCGGGAGCCGGAUGUCGAACGCGUCUUGUCGUCGUUGGCGAAUUGCGAAUUUUGCUAAAUGCUGAUAGGGGUUCUCUGAUGGAUGCUGGUUUGUGAUUAACAUCCAUUCCGAACACGAAGUGGACACCGGGGAUAGCAGUGGAGAGUUCGCGGUGGAUUGACGUCGGUCCUGGUGUCUGCUGAAGAUGACAAUCUACGAGAUGCGGGAAAAGUUGUAAGGAUUCUAUUUAGUGAUUUCACGCUGAUAGCAGGAGGGAUUUUCCUUCGGGGAGGAAAACAGCAAGGAUUACACCAGCCGAAAAGGAUUUGGGUGCGAUGAAAUCUUAAUGAAAAUGUUGUCGUAGGGCCUUCUUCUUCGAGCGGAGUGAGAUUGAAGGAGAUGGACGCCUUAUCUGUAGACUGGUCUCCGUCUCAAUCUAGUAAGACAGCCAAUGUAGCCUACGUUCUCGCGUGAAGCAGCAAAUCGAAGGACGUGUUUCCGCCCCACGAGGCCGAUAACCGCGAUAAGUGCCCCAGAGAUUUUGGGAAAUCGAUCCCUUAUCGCAGUUUAUGUCUGCAACUUGUUCUUCCGGGGUCCGUGGUCGAAACGAGGGGAGGGUUCUGGAAAUUUAUGGUGUGGCAAGAUUGUGUGUUCUCCCUGGUGUGUAGUGUGCUAACUCACUAACAGUACCGCCGAUUCUACUGGUGCUGUUUGAUUACAGUUGAUUUCGCUGACGGUAUUUCCCCUUGCCCUUGUGAACUUCCGAUUCGCAAACAAAAGGAGAAAAAAAGGAACGGAAGUAGCAAUUCCGUUGGUCGGAUCGAUUCCACGUGCUCUUCGUGAUUGUCGUAGUCGUCGUCGUCGUCGUCGUCGUCGGUGGUCGAGAGUGUACAAACCCAAAGUGUUCGUCGAAUCAUGCCCCCGGAUGGCACGAAGUGAUAAAUUAAUUAAUUUUCCCUCAUUCUGCGUUCGCGAUUUGUCCGUACUUUCUGCAACGAAAUACUGGGCCAGUGGAUGGAUGAUAGGGAAGAGGGCUACGGGUCGCCUCUGAGUUCAGGAGGAAAUCCCGAAGAGAAGAUAAGCCGCAAAAGAAUAUAAAUGUUUCCGAUGAGGGUGUUGAAGUUGAGGGGCGGUACUUCCAGGUGCGGUGUGCGAGUGUGUAAUUAGAAAGAAGAAAACCGCUUCGGGGAAGAGGUAGAUUGGGAGAUAAAUCCAAGAAUUAGUUCUUCUCAGACUCACCCACCCAAAGGAAGAAGAAGAAAGGAAUCAACGCGGUGAGCUUGGCGAGAGAAGUCUAUAGAAGAUAGGUUCACCAUACAAAGUGUCUGGAAUGUGCUUCCAGUUUGUGGUGUAGGUGACCCACCAAUAACCAACAAAAAGUGAGAAUCAGGAAGAUCGUAGUUGGAGGAAGUGUAGUGUGUUCUGGUGGGAAGUGCUAGAAUCAAGUGUAGGUAGUGAUGCCACCUCAGUGGUGGUGGUGGCCCAAGGAAAACAUGACCCGGGUGGUUCGGAAGGAUCGGAUGCUGCUGUCUACUUUGUUGUUGCUGCUGCUACAAGGAUUACUGGUACCGGUCCCAUCAUCGUUCGUUGCCGGUUCAUCGGUCAUCAUCAAGGAUGGUGAAUAUGAAAACACUCCGCUCCAUCUGGCCGAAGCAGUCCAGGGCAACACGGGCAAGCUGGAGUGCAACAUCACGGCACCACUUCUGGGCGAUCGGGCGAUUCUGGUCAUCUGGUACAAGAAUGGCCAGACGAUUCCGUUGUACACAUUCGACGCUCGGGACUCCACCCGCGAGGGCUCUCACCGCAGUUCGAAUACGUCCUUCGACGGGAGGGCCAACUUCUACCCAAAUCGGGCGCCGGCAGUGCUGGAAAUCCGGCAGACGAAAAAUUCCGACAGUGGCGUGUACCGAUGUCGGGUAGAUUUCCACAAGAGCCCCACGAGGAACACCAGGGUGCAGCUGUCGGUUAUAAUCCCACCGGAAAAGCUCCAAAUCGUCGAUUCCAGCGGUCACAGCAUUCCGCACUACAUUCUCGGUCCGUACAAUGAAGGCGCUUCGGUGAACUUCACCUGUGUUGCGAGUGGCGGUCGUCCACCACCUACCGUCAACUGGUGGUACAACAACGAAAUCGUGAAUCACUCGUCGACAAUUCUGUCGGAACGGCGAGUCCGAAACACCUUAAUCCUGAAUCGCCUGGAGCGCAAACAUCUGAAGGCCAUCUUCACCUGCCAGGCUUCGAACAACAACGUGACCAAUCCCAUCAGCGCUUCGAUACAUCUGGACAUGAACUUGCGACCGCUGUUGGUGAAGCUGCAGGGGAAGAACCGACCGCUUUCGGCCAAUCACACCUACGACCUGGUGUGUGAAGUUCACGGAUCCCGGCCGGCGCCGAUCGUCACCUGGUGGAAGGGAAGCACCCAGAUGAAGGGUCAUCAGGAAACGACCGAUCCGGAGGGAAACGUGACCAUGUCUAUAUUGGCAUUCCGGCCGACGAUCGACGACAAGAACAAAUACCUUUCGUGCCGGGCGGAGAUGGCCGUCAUACCGGAUGCCGGCAAGGAGGACGGCUGGAAGCUGGAUAUUUACCAUGUUCCAGUCGUGACGCUGGAGUACGGCACCAACUACAAUUACACCUCGUCGAUUCGGGAGGGAGCCGACGUUUACUUCGAGUGCAACAUCAAAUCCAACCCCUGGGUGUACAAAGUUAUCUGGCGGCAUCAGGGUCGAGAGCUGUUGAACAGUCCAUCGGAGGGCAUAAUCGUGUCGAACCAGAGUCUGGUGCUGCAGAACGUGAGUCGGUCCCGGGCCGGGCUUUACACGUGCGUCGGAAGCAACCGGGAAGGCGACGGCGAGAGCAAUCCCGUCCAUCUGGAUAUUAAAUUUGCCCCCGUGUGCCGUCCGGGCUUGGUGACGACCUACAACGUUGGACGCUAUGAACAGGCGAAGAUUGCAUGCGAACUGGAAGCGAACCCACAGGAAGUGACGUUCGUGUGGAAGCACAAUACCUCGGUGUCGGAGUCGCUGGACAUUCCGUCGACGCAUGUGAGCAGCGAGCAGGCCAAGAGCAUAUUCCGGUUCAAGCCGAUCAGCGAGAGUGACUACGGAACCCUGCUCUGCUGGGGAAGCAACGAAAUCGGAACCCAAACCGAGCCCUGCGUGUUCAGCCUAAUCCCAGCUGGAAAACCCGAUCCACUGUCCAACUGCACCAUCAUGAAUCAGACGUUCGACAUCCUUCAAAUAGAGUGCGUCGAAGGCUUCGAUGGUGGCCUGCAGCAGGAGUUCCUGGCCGAAGUGUACCUCAUCGGAAACCGUCAUCUGUUCAGUUCCAUCAAGUCCAAGGAACCCAACUUCGACCUGAAAGGCCUGGAACCGGGUGUCGGGUACAACAUUUUCCUGUCUGCCAAAAACGCAAAAGGAGCCAGCGAGCAAACCUACCUGCAGGCCUACACUUUGAAGAAUCCGGAAAAGCAGACCGAUCUCUCGCUCGUGUACGCCCCGACGCUGCAUCAGAUUAAGCCUUUCAUCGGGACGUUGCUCGGAGUGGUGGCGGCCAUCAUCUCGAUUGCUUCCAUCAUCGUGUGCGUCACUCGGCUGCGGGGCUCGGCCGGUCGGGAUCGAGACUGCAGCAAUAUGUCCACGAACGAUGCGUCCGGCAUUAGCCAAUCGCUGCCCACCGAUGGGGAGCUGACCCGGGAGCAACAGUGCAAUGGCAGUAUCGAUAGCAUCGAAAAGAAUCCGGACAUUAUCCCGCAAGUUUCAGUCUCUCUACACUCCGCAGGGAAACUUCCGCACUUGCUGGAAGAAGACGAGAAAGCGUUCGAGUGGCUCAACAGUGCCGGAACUCAUCCGCGGUUGUACGCCACGGCAGCCAUGGCCGAGCAGCAGCAACACCAGCAGAUCGGCGUAGGCGUCGGCAGUGUGGGAGUUGGCGUGCUGGGGCCUCCGACGGGGGGUGUGGGAACCUACGACAGCCGGACCUUCUACGCAACGAUGCGCGACGGAAGCUGCAUGCAGCAGAACGUCUACCCGCUGGCCGAUAAUCAAAAUUACAUUCCCGUGCACAGCGGAAUCAUCCCGACCCCGGUGAUAGGCGGAUAUGGCAGCGAUAGCCACAAGCACGACCUAACGUACGCGGAUCUGACGUCACUGGCCGGUGGUCAGGUGCAGCCGAAGCAGAUGUACGUGAGUGCAACCCUUGGCAGACCGCGGCAAUCAGACAUCAAACGAAGUGAGCCCACGAUCUACGCGCAGAUUGAUUUGGCACACCAUCCAUCAGUACAUUCAACAAAUUUGGUUUACACAAACACCCGGGCCGGUAUUCCGAUUUCGCACACUGGCCAACAGCACCCGGCCUCGGGGAUGAUGCUUCCGCCGCAGUCGCAGCCACCUCCCACCUCUGGAGCAUCCCUCACCGAGCGAUUCCCUCCGCCGCCGCUGUUUGCCACCGGCCACCAUCACGUCCCCGUCAGUAACAAUCCGUCGAUAUGUUCCAACGAAGCGCCAUCGAGCCUACUGCAAACCGUUCCCGAACUGCCACCCCACUGCAGCACACCAGACUCAGUGGCUUCGUCCACCCAAAUGCCCCCCACCAACAACGGCGUCAACAGUGAACGAAUGCUGCACAAUGCAACCCGUUUCUGAUAGGAAGCCAGGGCCCAAUCACGUUCCAAAUACUGAACACUCUCACGUGCGGCAAACAACAACAAUAAGAAGAGGUAAACCCACUUUUUCCCCUCCCCAAAACUCUAAAACCUAGUAAAGUGAGUUGGACGUACUUUUCGGUCCAGCCGUUUCAAAAGCAUUUAAUCUUAAGCUCUCCAAUUUGAAGUAAAUUGAAAACUGAAAUCUUCUACUCUAACAAAAACACGAACAUAAAAAUUUCCAUCUGUUCUACUGUAACUGAAUGCGACUCGUUUGUAAAUAGUAGAGCGAAAGAGACAAACUUUACCGAAUUUGCAAAUAACUGUGUAUAAUAAUGGAAUAACAACAAACGUGAAUGAGAUGUAAUAAGUUUUUAUACACUAUAAAGCUACAACAAACAAAAAAAUGGUGACAAUGUAACUAGGCUAAAUCGAAACCGAAACGAAGCAAACCUUUCAAUUUUCAAUCAAACUACUGCAAGUGAAUAUUUAAAACAACUUAUAAACAAACGAGAAAGGAUAGCAACAGUAAUUGUAAAGUUAGGUAAAAGUAAUCCAACUAAUUGACCGAUGUAAAUAGAUUAAACCAGAAAAUAAAAAGUUUUAAUAGGGAAAAAGAGUAACGAACCAUUAACAGCCGUGGAGAAAAUCAAAAAUCGAUGUAAAUUAUUGAAAAGCAAAAUUAAAACCGAAAAUAAACGAGACAUGUUAACAAAAAAAAUGGAAAAGUGUUAAGCUGAAAAAGCUGUGAGAGGGAAGUAAAACAUUCAGUGCAAAUCUUGCAAAUUCUUAAACAAAAUAAAAACGGUGGAAAAGCAUGUUCAAAUUUGUAAAUGAGAAACCAUUACUACGACUUAUUACAAAACAGAAAAAAAAGUGUUUGGAGAAGCGUCUAGGACAAUGGGAAGGGAAUAACGAGCUCAAACAAGAGCGGUUAACUAACGAUACAGUAAUUAGGGAAACGAGGAGCUGGAGGCAGAAUGAAGUCACAAAAUUUCUCAUGAUUGUUAUGCGUUGAAAUGUGAGAGCAGGAAAUACGAGACGAAGGUAAAAUACAUGAAUAAAUAAUAAUGCAGGGAUUAUUUAUCGAGA